AUCCAAUCAGCUUUGUCUAAAAGCAUGUGUACUGUUUGAAAGGUAAAUAAUAUUUAGUAACAAUUUCAUUACGAAAAUUUAUAUUAAUGGUAUCGAAAAUUUAAUUUGAGAAAAAAAUGGAUUUGGAUACUGCUUAUAUUGAACCAUUACUGGAAGACUGGUUGGAUGGUCUUCAAGCAGUUAUGAAAGAACAGGAAAAACUUGUUAAAGGCAAUGAUGAAUUUUACAUGCCAUUUGUAGCCAUACCAGCUCCAAUUAUUAGUGCAAUUUUUAAAAUAACAAAACACCUUGAUUUGGGACCAGAUACUAAAUAUAUUGCCAUUCAUCUGUACGACAAAUUUAUGUGCAAUUAUUUUUGGGAAGUGUACAAAGAUGAAACUACUGAGCAAACAGAAAAUUCUUGGUCAAAAGUUUGUAAGAAGAUAUCCAGUCAAUCAAAAUUGUACCUCAUGUCAUGUUUGCAAUUAGCUAGUAAAAUGGACUCGCACUCGACAAGUUUAGGAAUAUCGCAAGUACUUAACAUUUUACGAUGGAUCGACAAAAAAUCAGAGUAUACAAAAAGUAUAAUUUUCUUAUCAGAAUUUAAAGUAUUUAAAAUGGUAGGAUUUAGAAUGCCAUUUUGUACACCAUUGAAUUGUAUAGAAAUUCUUUUAGCUGCAACAGGUCUUAUGAAUAUGCCAAACAUGCAAGAUCUAACUACAAGUUUGUUGGAUUCAGUUUAUUUACAGCGGGAAAAACUGUACUCUAAUUUACAAUGUUUAGUACAAGGGCAUACUGCGACAACCGAUCAAGAAAAGAGGUACCUUAUAACGUUGGAAUCCAAUACAUUAUUUUUGGGAGCUUCGGUAGUUCUUUGCGGAACAUUCUUCGCACGUGUGGACAAUGAAACAGCUAAAAUUAUCGCCUUAAAGUUAUCAGAAUUAGUAAAUAUAAAAAAGGAUGAUAUCUGGAAUAUGGCCAGUAUACUUCUUGUGAUGACACUUCAAGAAUAAAUGUAAUUUACAGAAAUAUAUAAAAUAUUUCAAUAAUUAUUGUCACUUUUCAAUCCAGGCAACUCUCGAUUUAUAAACAUUUGCUACAGUGAAUAUCAUCAUUCAUAAAAUAUUUCUUCAAGUUGCUGA